AUGAGCACUCGGACAAUUCUCACGGCGGGGGAGGCGGCGGAGGUUUUGGCUUCUGUGCGGUACGUUCUUCUUGACGUGGACGGUGUGUUGUGGGCCGGGAAGCAUGUGUUGCCCAAUAUUCCAGAGACACUGUUGUACCUUCGCUUACGUGAGAAGCAAAUUCGUUUUCUUACGAAUAACGCCAGCAUUUCUCGUGCUGGUCUGGUGCGGGAGUUUCAGCGGCGAGGCAUUCAAGGGGUACGGGAGGGCGAGGUGUACAACAGCGGCUUUGCGGCGGCGCUGCGGCUUCAAAGUUUGUUCACUGCAAAUAAGAGCACAGGGUCGGGCAGGCCACUGGUGGAGAGGAAUAUAUUUGUUAUCGGUGAGGAGGGGCUUCACGAGGAGCUGCGGCGUGUAUUGGCACCUGGAUACAUUGCCUACGGGAUGGAGCUGCAUGACGCGGAAAAGUGUGGCGGCUACGACGCACACGUUGUGGCGUCUGCGUGGAAGCAACGCGUCCUUCCAGCGCCACUCCAAUCGUCCGCCACUUCCUGUGGGAUAGCAGCAACGGGCCAUGCAGCGGGCGGUAUCUCAAUUUCUGAUUUAUCGCCUGCUGCUGUGGUGGUGGGGCUUGAUAUGCAUUUUAAUAUGCUCAAACUCGCGUACGCUUCCCUCUGUUUACAGGAGCGGCCUGCAGCACAGACAGCGGGCACGUCGUCAUCUACACCUACGUACUUUAUUGCCACAAACGAGGAUCCUCAAAUACCAGUUGGUGAAGACUUCCUGCUACUCCCGGGUGCUGGUGGGAUGGUCAGCGCCCUGCGCACUGUUUCUGGGCGUUCUCCUGACUUUGUAUGCGGCAAACCGCAUGUGGACAUGGCGAAGGUUUUCUUUGAGGCUGAGGGAAUCACGGAUCCCCAGCAGUGCCUGAUGGUGGGGGACAGGCUGACAACGGAUAUCGCGUUUGGAAAUGCCGCUGGAUGUAAGACGAUGCUUGUGCUGAGUGGAGCAGAGAAGAUGGAUCGCGUCAGGCAGGCGGAACGGGAUGGUCACGUGUCCCUUUUACCCGACUUUAUAGCACCGUCUCUCGCCAUCUUUUUACCACCCGCAUAG